GGUCCAGAAUUCCAGGUUCUGAAAAUCUUCCCUUCAAACUCAGAGAACAUCUCCUGUUCUUUUCCCUCGUCCGGUGUUGCCGAGGAGAAGGAGCCGCCAGCUGAUUCUCGUUCUUCACAGAGUGAAGUCUCUCCAGCCGGGCAUGGCGAGCUCCGGGAGUGACUGAAGGAGACGGGUCCCUUGGCUCCGCCUGCACCCGGGCCGCACUGCCCAGGGUCCGAGCAAACACAGACGCUACACAAAUCUAAAGACAGAAACCACCUCCGCCGGUCAAGAAGCCCUCAGAAGGCCCUUGCCAUGGACACAGAAGAUGAAGAGAACACGAGUUCGAGCAGCACAGAUGUUAAGGAAAGCUGCGGUCUGGACAGCGUGCCCCCCAAGGACGGCAGCGCGCCCGGGCCCGGCGAGGGCGCCCCGCUCUCCAACGGGGGCAGCGGUGGCGCCAGCCGGAAGCGGCCCCUGGAGGAGGGCAGCAACGGCCACGCCAAGUUCCGCCUGAAGAAGAGGAGGCGGCCGCCGGGGCCCGCGCUGCCGAAGAAUGCCCUGAUGCAGCUGAACGAGAUCAAGCCCGGCCUGCAGUACGCGCUGCUCUCACAGACGGGCCCCGUGCACGCGCCCUUGUUCGUCAUGUCCGUGGAAGUGAACGGGCAGGUGUUCGAGGGCUCCGGCCCCACCAAGAAGAAGGCCAAGCUGCACGCCGCCGAGAAGGCCCUGCGGUCUUUCGUGCAGUUCCCCAACGCCUCCGAGGCGCACCUGGCCAUGGGGAGGACCCUGUCCACCAACACGGACUUCACGUCCGACCAGGCCGACUUCCCCGACACGCUCUUCAACGGCUUCGAGACCCCCGACCGGUCGGAGGUGCCCUUCUACCUGGGCUCCAACGGGGACGACUCCUUCAGCUCCAGCGGGGACCUGAGCUUGGCGGCGUCCCCGGCGCCCGCGAGCCUCGCACAGCCCCCCCUCCCCGGCCCCCCGCCGUUCCCGCCGCCGAGCGGCAAGAACCCCGUGAUGAUCCUGAACGAGCUGCGGCCCGGGCUGAAGUACGACUUCCUGUCGGAGAGCGGGGAGAGCCACGCCAAGAGCUUCGUCAUGUCCGUGGUGGUGGACGGCCAGUUCUUCGAGGGCUCGGGCAGGAACAAGAAGCUCGCCAAGGCCCGGGCCGCGCAGUCCGCCCUGGCGACCAUUUUUAACUUGCACUUGGAUCAAACGCCGUCUCGCCAGCCCAUCCCCAGCGAGGGCCUGCAGUUGCACCUGCCGCAGGUGCUAGCCGAUGCCGUGGCCCGCCUGGUGCAGGAUAAGUUCGGCGACCUGACGGACAACUUCUCCUCUCCGCACGCUCGCAGGAAAGUUCUAGCCGGCGUCGUCAUGACCACAGGCACCGACGUGAAAGACGCCAAGGUGGUAAGCGUGUCCACGGGGACAAAGUGCAUCAACGGCGAGUACAUGAGCGACCGCGGCCUCGCGCUCAACGACUGUCACGCGGAGAUCAUCGCGCGGCGGGCCCUGCUGCGCUUCCUCUACGCGCAGCUGGAGCUCUACCUGUCUAACAAGGACGAUCAAAAGCGAUCCAUCUUCCAGAAGUCGGAGCGUGGGGGGCUGAAGCUCAGGGACAGCGUGCAGUUCCACCUGUACAUCAGCACAUCUCCCUGCGGGGACGCCAGGAUCUUCUCGCCGCACGAGCCCAUCCUGGAAGAACCGGCGGACAGACACCCGAACCGCAAGGCCAGAGGACAGCUGCGGACGAAGAUAGAGUCUGGCGAAGGCACGAUCCCCGUGCGGCCCAGCGCGAGCCUGCAGACGUGGGACGGGGUGCUGCAGGGCGAGAGGCUGCUCACCAUGUCCUGCAGCGACAAGAUGGCGCGGUGGAACGUGGUGGGCGUGCAGGGGUCCCUGCUCAGCAUCUUCGUGGAGCCCAUCUACUUCUCGAGUAUCAUCCUGGGCAGCCUCUACCACGGCGACCACCUCUCCAGGGCCAUGUACCAGCGGCUCUGCGGCAUAGAGGACCUGCCCCCGCUCUACGUGCUCAACAAGCCCCUGCUCAGCGGCAUCAGCAACGCGGAAGCGCGGCAGCCGGGGAAGGCGCCCAACUUUAGCGUCAACUGGACGGUGGGCGACGCGGCCAUCGAGGUCAUCAACGCCACAACGGGGAAGGACGAGCUGGGCCGUGCGUCUCGCCUGUGCUCCCUCCAGCCUGCUGCGCUCCAAGAUCACGAAGCCCAACAUGUACCACGACUCCAAGCUGGUGGCCAAGGAGUACCAGGCCGCCAAGGCGUGUCUGUUCAAAGCGUUCAUCAAGGCGGGGCUGGGCGCCUGGGUGGAGAAGCCCACCGAGCAGGAUCUGUUCUCUCUCACGCCCUGACCGGGGGGGCGUGGGGCAGAGGCUGCCCGCGCCGGCGCUGUCUCCAGAGCCUCACGUCCGAACUGGGGGCAGGGGUGUGGGGACGCGGGGUGCUGGGCGUCCAGCGCUGUCUCCGGAGCCUCACGUCCGAACUGGGGGCAGGGGUGUGGGGACGCGGGGUGCUGGGCAGGGAGGGUGUGGGGUCCAGCGUCUCCCUCUACGACAUCGUUACCCCUGGAAUGACCCAGUGACUACUUUCCGUCUCCGUUUACGUCUAGAAAUUGAGUUCUACUGAGUAGGGCUUCCUUAAGGUUAGGAAAAUAGAAAUUACUUUGUGUGAAAUUUUUGAAUAAAUAAUUUAUUCAGAGUUAGGAACGUGGUUUAUAGGCCACGUUAUUUUAAUUGCAGAAGAGCAUUUAUCUGUGGAGAAGGUGAGGAAGUAGUGGCAGGAGGAGAAGCCUCGCAGCCGUGCCGCGGGCGGGUCCUCCCAGCGCAGGAGACCCCGCGGGAGGGGCCCGGCCCUGCGCUCCCCCGAGUCCCCCACGCAGUGACGGCGUGCGCCCGUGGGGACGCAGCCCCGAUCCCCGGACCCUUCAGUCCCCUAGCAGCGUCUGCGCUCCUCCUGAAAUCACAUCAUGGAAAAGGUGUGUUGGUUUACGUCUCAGUAACCAGAGAUGAGACAGGGGCAGUGAUCCUGGCCAUUCUCGUGAGGUUCUCAACAGUGUCGCACUUUCAGGGACUAGGAGGAAGCCGUAGGGGCCAGUGCACAAAAGUCAGCCUGAAAUCCCCCUCCCUGUCUCCGAAUCCCACGGACGUGGGUGACUCUCCAGACAUCUUCACAGGAAGGAAAUAGAAUUAAUUAAGUAGAUAGAGUCGUUCUUAGAAAAUGCCAGUAAGGCGUAUUUUUAAAUUCUUCUUUCCAGCUUUAUCAAAGACAUGUUUGAGUCAGUAUUCAGGCUGGAAGCUGGUGAGGCAGCAUGCCGCGGGCGUCGUCCCCAGCACGGUCUGGACGUUGACGGUCACGGCAGGGAAGGGGUGCUGCUGGUGCCUGGGGUGGCCCAGGGGCGCUGCUGCACAUUCCCCAGCCCCGCCCCCGGUGGCCCUGGGCUGAGCCAGCAGACAGUCAGGAGUGCGGGCAAGGGUCCUGGGGCACCUGGACCUGAGCUCAGAGAUUUGCACCAAUUGCCUUGUUGCUUCCACUCAGGAUCAGACAGGAGCCCCGGGGGAGCGUCCUGCCCCUGCUGGAUCAGGGCCGUUUACACGGAAGUGGGCAGGGGCUGCUGUGGAGGCUGUAGGCAGAGCCGGGAGACCCCACCUCACCUUGCCAGACUGUGAAAACGCAGAACAGGAGCAGGGCGGCCACGGUCCCCUCCGCCCAGGCCCCGCGUGCUCAGAGCUGGAGACUCGGACCAGAAGCGCCGUGCCUGCCCCUGUCGCCAGCGGUCCCUGGGGGGUGGGGGGUGGGGCUGGUGUGCUGCAGGGACCCGGGGGUGUGGCUUGGCUCAGGGGCCAUGGCCUUCUCUCCGCUGUAGCAGGAAGGGUGUCAGCUGGUGUGGCCGCCCUCCCCAAGCAGGUGCUGCCGCGCACAGAACAUCCGAGCGCUGCGUUUUUAUUCUCUCGAUAAAUGGUAUUUUUUCUAAUGGGGAUUGGGAGAUGGACUUAGUUUUUAAAAAAAAUACGUGGAUUUUAAUGAAAAGUUCAGUGGAAAUAUAUUGCAUUAUACAUACAAACACCACCCAGUAUGUCUGACUUCCUCCGUCCCGCUAACCACGGAGGCGAGCGCGGCGUCCGCUCCCAGUGCGCGGCUGUCCUGUGUGCCGGGCCCGGCGGGCCCCCAGCUGUGCGUGUGUCCAGGCCCACAGGGGGGUCGGGAGGGAGGAAAGGAGCCCCGUCCGCCUGGGACCCCGGGUGGCUCCCGGGUCGACGGCGGGAGCAGAACAGAAGCGGGAACGUGAACUCCUCCAGGCGCCGGGUCCGGAGACUCGGCCCUUGAAAGGGUCCCUUCCGAGGCUCAGGGUGCACCACCCCGUCUCCCCAGGCGUCACUUGGCAUAGCGUGCCCUUAGUCAGGAUUGUAGAGACUUAGACCAAUUGACACAGCCAAGAACUUGGGUGUUUGAGAAAAAUCUUCAAUUUUGAGGACAUUUUGACCAGGGGGUUGGGAGGGUUCUCUUCUGUUUUGUUCGCUAAACCUAUUAAUUCCAGGAAGACACCGGCCGCGGGCCACUAUCCUGCUAGAGGAAGGCCUGAGUCACAGCGGGGUCCCCGGCGGGGCUCCUCCUGCCGCCCGGGGUCAGCCCAGGCCGGGCGUGCCCUCUUCGCGGUCAGAUGCCACAGAGCGCAGUUCUGAUUCUGAAUCAGAGUGUGCUUGACUCGUCUAAUCAGAAGCAGUUACUUUAUUUUAAAACGUACAAGCCAGCUCUCACCCGGCACUCACUUCCCUGGGAUGUGUCUUGAUUCCCGCCAUCGUCCUGCCGCCCAGACGACAGGAUCGCCGCUUUCCUUGGAGCAACGGUGUUUCCCGUGCUUUGUGCCGUGACGCUGGGGCGAGGCCGCUCUCCGGCCGACCCCGGGGCGGCUCAGUGACGCUGUGGGCGAGGGCUGCACGCCCUCCGCUUUUUCUCAAAACAGAAAUAUCAGAUGUUUUUUAUUUCUGAAACGUUUUACACCAAAAUACAGGGUCAGCCCCAACCGUAAAUUCGUACUAGCAAGAGAAGUAACAUCGGCUGGUUUUCCCAUUCCUAAAAUCUACGAAGCUAGAGUCUCUCAAAAGAUUCCUCGUUAUCAAGCCCCACCUAUGUGAGCGGGAAGGGCAGAGUAUUUGUGACCAUGCGCGUGUCCAGUGUUGUCUGUCCCUGUCCCUUGGCGUGUCCUGUGACCCCCUCUCCAGCCACGCGGCCCGUCACGUCCUUGGGGCCGGUGAGGCCGGGGUCUGGCUCAAUCCAGACGUGUCGCUGUCCUCUGGGGCCGCUCGCUGUGCACGCGCUCACGAUGCAGGGAUGACCCCGAGCCCCAAGAACGUGUAGCGUGGCCCCGCCGUGGGCUGGCGGGACAGCAGGAGCCGACGCCCGUCCUUCCGGAUGCCACCACCAGUGUUAAAGGCCGUCUGCGGAACGUGUGUCGAGUGAGCCUGGAAGCAGUUGGCUUCUCCAGAUACUGGAUGUGCUUUUACUUUGUUUUAUUUUAGAAUUGGGACACUUUUCUAUGAAUGUAAUUCAGCCAAGAGCCCUGUCGCUAAGACCCAGGCCCCGGUGUCCUCUGUCCGUACACUGAUGUAUAUACACCCGUGCAACCCGCAUGAGCUCGCCCUCGCACCGAGACCAGCCGGAACCAAGCAUGAGACGCUGUCCUGUAGACAGAGGACUGGACAUGUUCUCAAUAAAAGACACAGUGUUCCACC